AUGGAUUAUUUGGAAACAAAACGAUUAGCUUUUCCUCGUCUAUUUUUUCUUAGUAAUGAAGAUUUAUUAGAUAUUCUCUCUCAUUCAAAAGAUGCAAAUUGUGUACAACCACAUUUACGUAAAUGUUUUGCUAAUAUUUUUCAUCUUCAUAUUGCAAAAACUCCAGUGGAAGUUGUAACAAGUAUGCAAUCAGUCGAAGGUGAAAUUGUAAAUUUUCCAAAAACUGUUCGUCCAAGAGGUAUGGUUGAACAAUGGUUAACUUCAGUUGAACAAGCUAUGUAUGAUGCUGUUAAACAUCAUCUUAAAUUAGGUUUAUCUGAUAUAAAAACUGCAGAUUAUAUUAAUUGGAUUCUUCAACAUCCAGGCCAAGUUGUUUUAACUAUUUCUCAAGUAAUAUAUACACGACAAGUAAAUGACAAAUUUGAUCCACAAUCAACGGAAACAGAUACUGCACUUAUUCAAAUACGUGAUCAAAUGAUAACAACAAUUAAUAAUGUAUGUUCAUUAGUAUUUUCUAAUAUUGAACAAUCAAAAUUAUUAACUGUCGAAGCAUUAUUAACAUUACAAGUUCAUUGGCGUGAUAUAUUUGAAAUGCUUAUUAAACUUCAUAUUCGAGAUAAAAGUGAUUUUGAAUGGCAAAAACAUCUACGAUAUGAUUGGAGUGAUAAAGAAACAAAUUUUCAAAUACUUCAAGGUGAUGCAAGUUUUCCUUAUGGUUAUGAAUAUCUUGGAUGUUCAAGUCGAUUAGUUGUUACACCACUUACGGACAGAUGUUAUUUAACAUUAACUGGUGCAAUUAAACUUAAUCUUGGUGGUGCACCAUCAGGUCCGGCUGGAACAGGAAAGACGGAAACUGUUAAAGAUUUAUCAAAAUCAUUUGGAAAACUUUGUUUAGUAUUCAAUUGUUCUGAUGAACUUGAUCAUAAGACACUUGGAAAAAUGUUUAGUGGAUUAGCACAAUCAGGAUCAUGGUGUUGUUUUGAUGAAUUUAAUCGUAUUGAUGUUGAAGUAUUAUCUGUUGUUGCUCAACAAUUAUUAACGAUUAAAACAGCUAAAGAUGCACAUGCUCAACGAUUUACAUUUGAUGGCCGUGAAAUUAAGAUGAAUUUAACUUGUGGUUUUUUCGUUACUAUGAAUCCAACUUAUUCUGGUCGUUUUGAAUUACCUGAUAAUUUAAAACCUAUGUUUCGACCUAUUGCUAUGAUGAUACCACAUUACGCAUUAAUUGGUGAAGUCAUUCUUUUUUCUGUUGGUUUUACAUCAGCAAAAGUUCUUGCAACAAAAAUUGUUUACUUAUAUAAUUUAUCAAAUAGUCAAUUAUCUCAACAAGAUCAUUAUGAUUUUGGUAUGCGAGCUAUUAAAGCUGUUCUUUUAAUGGCUGGUGAAAUAAAACGAUCACAUGUUAAUGAUCCAGAUUUAACUAAUGAACAAUCAGAAGAAGGUAUUAUGUUACAAGCAUUAGUUGAAUCAAAUCUUCCAAAAUUACUUAAAGAAGAUUCAAUUCUUUUUCUUGGUAUUCUUCGUGAUCUUUUUCCUCAAGCUGAUAAAAGUUUACAUGAACAUGGAAAUAUUCAACAAGCUAUAAAACGUGCUAUUAAAGAUUUAAAUUAUGAAUAUUGGCCUACACAAGCUGAUAAAGCAUUACAACUUUAUAAUCAAAUUGUUCUUCGACAUGGUACAAUGCUAGUUGGUGGAGCUGGUGGAGGAAAAACUGUUGUACGAAAUAUUCUUCAAAAAGCAUUAACAUUUUUAUCUAAUAUAGGAAAAGAAGGAUCACAAAAUCGAAUAACUCGGUCAGCUACUGUUGACGUAACAGUUUUAAAUCCAAAAUCAAUGCAAAUAACUGAACUUUAUGGAGCUAUUAAUUCUGAUACAUUAGAAUUUUCUGAUGGAAUGUUUGCAAGUGUUAUGCGAUCAUAUUCAAAAACUCAUGAAUCUCAAAUGACUACAGAAAAGAGUGAACAUCAUGCUGAUCAUUGGCAAUGGUUAGUUCUUGAUGGUCCAAUUGAUACAUUAUGGGUUGAAAAUUUAAAUACACUUCUUGAUGAUUCAAAAAUACUUUGUUUGGCUAAUGGUGAACGUAUUGGAAUGUCUGGACAUACGCGAAUUUUAUUCGAAGUUGAUUCUUUAGUAAAUGCAUCACCAGCUACUGUUAGUCGUUGUGCGAUGGUUUAUUUAGAUCCAGUAGAUCUUGGAUAUAAACCUUUCUUAAAUCAAUGGUAUCGAUGUAAACUACCUAAUACAUUAUCACAGAGUGCAAUUGAAUUUCUUCGAGAAUUAAUGGAUUUUUCAUUAGAUAAAGGAUUUACUUUUCUUAGUGAAUUGAAAGAUCCUUGGCAUAUGCCAGUAUCAAAAGUGAAUGUUUUGCAAACACUUUGUUAUUUAUUAUCAACUUUUUUGAAUUAUUUGGAUAAACAUGGAGGUUUUGGUGAAGAUGAUCAACGACUAACGGCAGCAGCAGGAAUCGUUUAUAUAAUUAAUGACAAGAAACAAUACUAUUUACAAAAGAAUCCCAAAAAUCUUCGACAAUGUUUUAUACGUAUUUAUAUAUUUUGUUAUGUUUGGAGUUUUGGUGGUGGAUUAAAACGAGAAGAUAAUUUUGAAGAUGAUAAUUUAAUAAAUCAAAAAGAACAAGUUAAAAUUGAUCGUGAUCCAAUUACACAAGAAUUUGAUACAUUUGUUCGGGAAUUAUUUUCUUCUAAUGUUAAUUAUGCCGUUUAUUUACCACCUGAUUCACGUAUGAUAUAUGAUUAUAUGAUAGAUUUAAAUACAUUUGUUUAUCAUGAAUGGGAGUCACUUGUACCUAAAACAGAACAAUUAAUUAAAAGUGAAAAUUCACAAACUGUUAUACCAACUGUUGAUAUUAUUCGUUAUUCAUUUUUAAUAACAGCUUUACUUAUGCAUAAAAAACCAGUUCUUUUAACUGGUAAUAGUGGUGUAGGAAAAACUUUACUUAUUGAAGCAAUGCUUCGAUCCCUAACGUUACCUGAUGGAAAUUUUGUUCGACCAGGUACUAUUCUUGGUGAUAUUUUACAAUAUAAUGCUACAAAAAGUUCAACAACAACGAAAUUAGUACAAACAACAGAUUUACCUGUUGAAAAUACUGAAGGUGGUGGUAAGUAG